AUCACGAGGCACACAUGCUCGCGCAGGAGACGCGCUCCCGUCUCCCUUGAUCAUUUUGAGAGCACAUCACACUCUUUAAUUGGACUCCGCCAGCCAGCGAAAGUAGUCUCUCUGCUGCUUCCCAUGGAUAUAAGUGAAGGCACGCUGGCAUCCAGGAAGACUUAAAUAAAGGCGGUACAGACCAGAGAAGGACUCCAGCUAUGUUCAGAGCAGUGUUCGGAAAUAAGAAGGAAGGAGGAGGGAAAAAAGGAGACAAAAAGAGCCAGAAAAAUGCAGGUGUCGAGGUGCACAUGCCCUGCAUUCAGCAAAGAGGCAGCGGCCAGCGUGCCACUCAUCACCACGGCCAUAAUGGCAGGCAUUUAAAUCGGAAGAGAUUGACUAAGGGCGUGUCCAUUUCUUUACCGUCCUCCCCGCUUCUCCCUCGCCAGGGCGACAUAGUAUCCUCCCAGUCCUGCGUCAAGUUCCAAGGACGGGCGAGGAAGCCGGAGUAUGUGGACGGCUCUUCCAGUACGAGAGAAGCUCUCAUCUUUGCUUCCUGCCAUGGCAAGCCGGACCACAGAGGUGAGAACGGGAGCCCAUGGGCGUGUUUUUAG